AGAUGAUUGACACUUCCGUCUAUUUAUAUAACAGAUUUCAACUUUUAGACAUUAAAUGGACAUUAAAUGGAAUAAAGUAAAAUUUCAAAAAUCUGAACAUAAUUUUGUCAAUGGCAUAUUACAGUAUGUUAGCAGUGGCUAUAUGAAGGAUAAAAGGAUAUAAGAUUAAGUGAAUAUAAUAAUAUGGAUUAUUGGGGUACAAAGAAGAGACAAAUAAUUGCAUUUGUUGUGUGUAUAGCAGCAAUUAAUAAAGUAGUAUACGCAGUGUUUGUCUGUGAUGGUAUGGGCUACAUCCCGGACAACAAAGACAGGAGCUGUAGGAGGUUUUACUUCUGUGAUGUGGGUGAUGUGAACCAGGAGGUAUCAGUUCAAACUUGUGUUGUUGGGGAACGUUUCAACAGUGCAUCCUCAGCCUGUACAGCCAAGGAUACAGUUAUAUGCCCAACAGAUGGUCCAGUGUCUGAUAAUUUCUAUGUGAGGGUAUACCAGAACAUGGACCAGAGGUUUAACGGUACCACAAUCGGAGACAUACUUCAUACAAAGUCCAAGAUAGAGUGUUCAGCACACUGUCUAAGUACAAUCAACUGUAAAGGCUUCAAUUAUAAAUACAUUAAAUCAGCACAAGGGCACGAAUGUGAGCUUCUAAAAGACAAAAGUACAUCGAUUGGUGAUUUGACGCAAAGUACAGGAUAUGUACACUAUGAGGUGUAAGUCUACAUGAUUGAUAAUGUGAUUUACUCCAUGACAAACAUGUAUGAAGGCUUACGUGUAUGAAGACUUCAUUAUGAUUCAAAACUCACAGAUGCCAAUAGCAAUCACUUUUCACUCUUGGCAAAUGGACUUGUAAAAACGAGUUGCCAUUGGGCAAUGAACUGAAUGCUAAAUUGUGGCAAUCAUAUUUUUAACCUUAGUUGUAAACCCUGGACAUAGCCAUAGAAUUCAUAUUAUUAUCAAAGUUUGUUUAUUAUUACAUUAUAGUAUUACUGUCAAAGUCAACGUAUCUACCAUAAAAUACUAUUGCAACAGGAUAAAUCCCAGUACAUUCCUAUAAAUAAAACUGCUAAAUAAAUCAGAGGGCGAAUCUUUUGUUGCUGAUGAAUUACCACAUACAAUAAACACUGCCUCACAAAAACUAAAUUCAACAUGGGACUAUUUUGAUUAUCACAAGGAUUAAUGUGAAAUGUUCAAAGGGAUUAGCUGUAAUCCAUUUGUGUUUGAAUGGCGCA